GAGGAAAUGUUGCCCCCUUGAUUCAAAGCCUCAAAAGGCAAGAAAAACCCCGGCCUAAAAGCAGAAGACCCGCCAAUUGGAGGAGAAUAGCAUGAGGGGAGGUCCGAGUAUAAAUUAUGGUGAUGUUCUUGGGUAAUAUUUUUGUGUAGCCCAGUCGUCCAACGGCCCAAGAACAGACUAACCGCAGCCCUGAACCGGAUCCACGAACGUCAGCCCACGGACCGCUCUACCGAGGACGCUUGACCGCCCUGCACCCUACCCUUCUCGGCUUCUCAGCCCAGGCGUCACGCUUCCAGCAGGCGCCAGUCAUCCUUCUGGUGCUCCGUGCUCACUGCUUCAGGCUUCACGCCUUCACCGGAAUCACCGCUUCAGCAGCUAAUCCCUUCAGAAAACCAACUGAGUUGUCGUAAAUGGCAUGAUCAAAAUCUUUGUCACACAAUAGAAGACCAGAGAUUGAUCCCAUCAAAGAAGAGUUGAACAUAGCCCUACAUGAAUGAAGACGUAUCUUUUGCCUCCUCAUCACCCAAAAGCUUAUAGACAGCUCCAAUGCAAAUCAAACUUUUCACCCUCCAGAGCAUCAAAUGACACAAACAUACAUAUACAUUACAAGCAGGUUUUAUAGACAAAAAUCAAAUUCUUCUAAUAUCCUUCAUUUUCUGUGAAGAUGUAUUUUUUGAGCGAAUUUCGUUGUAUAUCUUCUUCUUCAUCAAAUUUCCGAUUGAAAAAAAAUGGAUCUUUUGCUCUAAACCCAGUUUGCUCAAUCCAUUAUCCACCUCAUUCCGAUUCGCCAUUCACUGAGAGGCACUCAGUUGAGAAGUACCAGAGGGACAGCUGGAUGUACAAGAACCAAUUGGAGCAGCCAUCCUCCUCCUGCCCACUCCCAGUUGACCCAAACUUUGGGAUCAUGGACUGUGAUAACGUUGCUCAGAAGCAGCUUCCUGAGCUCAAGAAGUUGCUUCAGGAGAAGCGAGUGAAAAAUGGCAAUGCUGGGAAGAGAGGUCCUACUAAUGUGUUUCUCGUAGGAGCGGGGCCGGGGGACCCAGAGUUGUUGACUCUCAAGGCGUUGAGAGUGAUUCAGAAUGCUGAUUUGCUGCUAUAUGAUAGAUUGGUUUCCAAUGAUGUGCUCAACCUGGUGGGUCCCCAUGUCAGGCUUCUAUAUGUUGGCAAAACUGCUGGUUACCACAGCAGAACACAGGUAGAAAUUCAUGAGUUGCUUCUUAGUUUUGCUGAAGUUGGGGCCACCGUUGUGCGGUUAAAAGGAGGGGAUCCCUUGGUGUUUGGGCGGGGUGGGGAAGAGAUGGACUUUCUACGACAACGAGGAAUUGAAGUGAAAGUCAUACCUGGAAUUACUGCAGCAUCUGGAAUAGCAGCAGAGCUUGGAAUCCCGUUGACACACCGUGGGGUCUCUAAUAGUGUUAGGUUUCUGACAGGCCACUCAGGAAAAGGAGGAACAGACGACCCUCUAUAUGUAACAGCAGAAAAUGCAGUAGUAGACCUGGACUCCACCUUGGUUGUUUACAUGGGACUGUCAACUCUUCCAUCUCUGGUCUCAAAGUUGAUGCAUCAUGGUGGCCUACCCCCUGAUACACCUGCUGCUGGUGUCGAACGAGGGACCACACUACAACAACGCUCUGUAUUUGCGGAAUUGAACAAUCUAGCAGAUGAAGUUGCUUCACACCAACUGGUAUCACCAACUUUGAUCAUCAUUGGGAAGGUUGUUGCACUUUCACCUUUGUGGCCAUGUUCUAUUAAAGCUGAGAGAGCUCCAGUCUUAGAUGAGGCCAAAUUGUAGGCGGAGCAAAUUGUGUUUUCUUAAGGUUCAGUCGGGACCCACCUUGUUGCCACCUUGGGUGCUUUAGCUUAAUUGCCCAAAAAUUUGACAAGCUGUGCCUUUUUUCUUAUUGAGAUGAAAGAAAGGCAUUGGAGUCAGGUUCCUUGGCAUUUUUUUGAAAGGAAAAUGAUGGUUGGAUUAAUAAUAGGGGGCAUGUGGCAUUGGAGAACAAAAUGAACUCUACAUAUUUGUUGGAUAGACAACCAAAGCAAGUCUUGGGCGCUCUAUCUGCAUAUAUGUGGGAUACUGGCAUACUGGCUGUUUGUUCAACUACUAAUCCCGUCCAAGAGUAGGCUAAUAACAGCCCAGAUAAGCUACUUUUCAAGUUAUCUUUUCAAAAGAAAGUUUCCAAAGACAGAAAGUGCCGAUUUGGCAAGGGUAGUUUGGCUCAUGAUCCUGGAUCUUUUGAAUUUCUGAAAGAAAAAAAUGUUUGGUAAAUCCAUGGUGGCAUGGUCUAUCUUUAACGUGGCCG